CUAUGCCAGACGUCCGUCCGAUGGCCAAAACAACUUACGUUUCAGAUCUUAUCUUUUUCCUCCUCAACGAAUAUGAAAAGCCAAACAAUUCAAAAUUUCUUGAUUCCCUCGCCUUUCUGAUUUUAUGCUCGAAUUCCGUCAAACACUUGCAGACACAUAUCUAAUCCAACCAAAGGAAAACAAAAACGCCACUGUUUUUAUUUUUUUGUUUGGCUUUGAGCAUUGGAUUUGUAGUGUAAAGGUUUUUGGUUUUGAAUUUUGAAAGGUCUGUAAGGCAGAGAAGAGAAAACAUGGCUGAGCAAAGUCGCAGCAAAACAGGUUGUUCAAGAUUGAGGACAAUGGCGGAUAGUUCAAAUUCACGGCGUCAUGUUGUGGCUUCCAAGAAAAGAAUGCCACUUUCAACUUUGACAAAUAAAGGGGCCGGCACCGGCAUCGGCACGGCGACUGCGCAGCGCAACAACCAUAGCAUUGUUCCUUGUGGACAGGGUUCUGCCCAAGCUACGACUUCUAAGGUCAGGAGUAGAGUGAUACCCUGUGGCAGAGAUUCUGAAAUUGACAAGAUAAGUGCAAAAUCUUCUCUCCCAAAACACCUUGGAAAGGCUAGGGCUGUUUUGAAGGCUCCGAAGGGCAGUGCUGCUUCGAGUAGCUCUGUUUCCUCUUAUCCAGAUGAGAGUACUUCAUUGUCAGGUGUAGUGGAAUCAAAGAUAAAAAUCACAGCUAUUUCUGACUCUUCAGUUUCUCCAAAAGUUGUAUCUAUGGAUGGAAGUUGCUUGGAUAUUGCUGCGCUGGAGAGGAAAACCGCACAGAACUUGAGCAUAUCAAAGAAUCAUUCAAAAUCAAAGUCUUUGCAAGUCCAUUCUUUGGAGGAGAGUUCUCUGGAGGUUGCAGGGGGGGAAGGAUCUCAAUAUAUUAACAUUGAUUGUGCUAACAAAGAUCCACAGAUGUGCACACCAUAUGCUUCUGAUAUAUAUGAGCACCUUCAAAAAAUUGAGAAGAAGAGAAGGCCAAGAACGGACUACAUGGAGGUGGUUCAGCAAGAUAUGAACAAUAGCAUGAGAGGAAUUUUGAUAGACUGGCUUGUUGAGGUUGCAGAAGAAUAUAAACUUGUUCCUGAGACUCUAUAUUUGACUGUAGCCUAUAUAGAUCGGUAUCUUUCUUCUGAAGUUGUAAGCAGGCAAAGGUUACAAUUGCUUGGCAUUUCCUGCAUGUUGAUUGCAUCAAAGCAUGAGGAGAUAUGCCCUCCCCAGGUCGAGGAAUUCUGCUACAUUACUGACAAUACGUAUUUCCGGGAUGAGGUGCUGAGAAUGGAAAGACAAAUUCUGGGUCAGCUACAUUUCGAGCUUAGUGUUCCAACAACUAAGAGUUUCCUUGGGCGUUUUAUACGAUCAGCUCAGGUUUGUAACAAGUCCUUGCAGCUUGAGUUCUUAGCAAACUAUCUUGCAGAGUUGACACUCUUGGAGUAUAGUUUCCUGCAGUACUUGCCAUCUUUAAUAGCUGCUUCUGUUGUGUUUCUAUCGAAGUUCACUUUGGAUCUGACCACAAGACCAUGGAAUGCUACUCUGCAAUAUUAUACUCGGUAUCGUGCAUCCGAGUUAUGUGAUUGUGUGAAACAGUUGCAUGAACUACAAUGCAAUACAAAGAACUGUAGCCUUUCUGCAAUUAGGGACAAAUACUGUCAGCACAAGUUCAAAUGUGUGUCAACUCUGGUUCCUCCAGUCGUAAUUCAUUCAGAUCUAUUUGUUGACGUUGAUGGCUAGGCUGCAUUGGCUAAGUAAAAUGCUUCUGGGAUAAUGGAUAUUGGCAAUAUCUGAUACACUGUUCAUGAUUUGUCUAAGACUGACAUGUCUGGGAAACAAAAUGCCGAUGAAGCCACCACAACAAUAUGGCUGGUAGAGUGCUGGAAUGUCCUCACAUUAUUAAUGUUCACUCCUGCAUUUAAAUUUCUUCAGUGGCUUCUGUAUCAUCUUGUAAUUAGAUUUUAAGACAACAUAGUAUGUUUCUAGCCGAUGUUUGGAAUUGCAUAUAAUUUCAUCUCUGAGAUAAUUAGUGAUGAAAGCUCUGAAUCAUCAUUCUGUUCUCAAUUUUGCUAUGAUGAAUUGCCAGAAUACCAUUGCACUAUUAAUUUGUAUUGAUCAGCUUGUUACAAAAAUGUGACACGCUUUUGGUGAAAUCUAGAAUGGAGUUUCUAUCUUCUGAGACAAUUGAGGAAAUAUCUUUUGCGCAUUCA